AUGGAAAUGAAGACCCUUCUUCGAUCAAUCAGCUUUAAUGACAAUGAAUCUGAUUCAACCAUCGCUGAAUCACCCGAGACUAGAAAGACGAACAGAUCCCUUAGCUUCAAAGAGACACAGCAACCUAGAGUUUCUCCAGGAGAUGUGGAGAUCAAGUUUUCUGUAAAACCUUUAACCUUUUUGAAAGAAGAUGACAGAUACAAAAUCCCAAGAUGGAAACCUCCUACUGAAAACCCUUAUACUGAAAACGAUCAUGUCAAAGAUUUUUUAGCGUUAUUAGGUGACGGAAGAUACCAAGCUGCGUUAAAGUUGCAGAAGGUUUAUAGAAGCUUUCGAACCAGAAGAAGGCUAGCUGAUUGUGCUGUAGUCGUUGAGCAAAGAUGGUGGAAGGUACUUGACUUUGCCGAACUUAAAAGAAGCUCUAUAUCGUUUUUUGAAAUUGAGAAGCAAGAGACUGCAGUUUCACGCUGGUCUAGAGCAAGAACAAGAGCUGCUAAGGUGGGUAAAGGCUUGUCAAAGGACGAGAAAGCUCGGAAGUUGGCUUUGCAGCAUUGGCUUGAGGCGAUUGAUCCUCGACAUCGCUAUGGCCACAAUCUGCAAUUCUAUUAUCAUGCGUGGCUCCACUGUGACAGUAAACAACCUUUUUUUUACUGGCUUGACAUAGGACAAGGAAAAGAAUUGAACCACGAAAGAUGUCCAAGGUCAAAACUUUACCAACAAAGCAUCAAGUAUCUUGGUCCGACGGAAAGGGAGGCAUAUGAAGUGAUAAUUGAGGAUGGGAAACUAAAGUAUAAGCAUAGUGGGAUACUUUUUGACACAAAAGAAGGGCCUCCGGAUGCAAAGUGGAUCUUUGUCCUAAGCGUCUCUAAGAUAUUGUAUGCUGGAAUGAAGAGAAAGGGGAACUUUCAACAUUCGAGUUUUCUGGCCGGAGGAGCUACUUUAUCAGCUGGAAGAAUUGUGGUCGACGAUGGUGUUCUUAAGGCAGUUUGGCCUCACAGUGGACAUUAUCUUCCAACAGAAGAGAAUUUUCUGGCGUUCAUGUCAUUUCUUAAGGAGAACCAUGUAGACCUCACAGAUGUAAAGAAGAGUCCAGAUGAAGAAGAUGGAGAAGCUCAUCAUCAUCAUCAUCAUCAUAAAGUCAAGAGAAUGCCUUCAAGAAUCAAAGAGAUCGAAGACGAACAUUGUGACUUUGUGGACGCUCAGACCGGUCUAAGCCCACACGCUAAUCAUGCAGAGCUACAAACAUUUACAAGUUUCCAUUCAAAACUUGCAAGAACGAAGAUUCCCCACAACGACUUCGACACGAUUGAGGAAUAUGAUGAAGAUGAGGAAGAAGAGCCUGAAACACCAUCAGAAGAAGGGUAUGAGACAGCAGAAGAGACAUUCAUAGCUGAGGAAGAGUUCACAUACCCGAAGUCGAAUCUAUUCGAUGAAGACAUUGAAGAGUACGAGAAGCCUGUCCCCAAGGAGAAGAUAAUGAAACGUAUAGACUCACACAAAGGUAUCAAAUCAUACCAGUUAGCUGAGAGGCUACAUUCAAGAUGGAGUACAGGUGCAGGGCCUAGAAUCAGUUGCAUGAGAGAUUACCCAUCAGAGCUUCAGUUUAGGGUUCUUGAACAAGCUCAACUAUCUCCAAGAGCUAGCGCUUAUAACCCAUCUCCUUUUGCACCGGUUAGAACACGAGGAUCAAGUCUUGGGAGAAGUCCUUUGCCUCAAGAAGAACUUGAGAAGCUUUAG